AUGCAAUGCCUGUGCAAUCACCCGAUGCAGAAGUCAUUGAUGCCUCUUCUCUUCUGCUCUUCUAGGCAGUGUGAUGUGAACUUCCUCGUUCUCAAAGCAGCCCUGAUGUGUCUUGUUCUCCUCCUUUCUUCUCUUUGCCUUUCCCAUGCAGUCCAAGUAUCAGCAGUAGAGGUCAACACCCCGGAGGAGAUGUUUGUGGAGAACGGGACGGACGCGAAGCUCCCAUGCACGUUCACAUCCGUAGAAGUGAUCAGCAGUGCAGCAUCUGUCUCCUGGAGCUUUCAACCAGAGGGAGCAGCCACUCGUAUCUCAUUUUUCUAUUACUCUAAUGGGAAGUCAUACCCUGGAAAAGACAUACCAUUUAAAGACAGGAUCACCUGGGCUGGAGAUCUUAACAAGAAAGAUGCUUCUAUCAUGAUAUCAAACAUGCAGUUCCGGGACAACGGCACGUACAUUUGUGAUGUCAAGAACCCACCUGACAUUGUUGUCAAACCAGGAGAAAUCCGAGUCAGAGUUGUGGAGAAAGACAGCCUGCCUGCGUUCCCCAUUGCCACCGUGGCAGGGAUAGCCAUCGGUACGGUUACAGGUCUCUCAUCGCUCAUCUCUAUUGUCGUGUGUCUUGUCAUCAGAAAGAACAACUCUAAAAAACGAUACUCUGGCUGCAGUACCUCUGAGAGCUUGAUGUCUCCGGUUAAGCAAGCUCCGCAGAAGGCGCCCUCCGACACAGAGGGCCUGGUAAACAGCGUGCCCGCCAGAUCACACCAGGGCCCAGUCAUUUACGCGCAGUUAGAUCACUCCGGGGGACAGCACAGCGACAAGAUCAACAAGUCAGAGUCUGUGGUCUACGCCGACAUUCGGAAGAACUGAGAUCCUCAGCUAUCCAAAGGACAACACACGUUCAGACUGGAAUUGCUUGAGCAAGAUUUGACCCAGAGAACUCACAUGUGGCCUUUGAUGCCUAGGCUAGGACCAAUGCAUGUGCAUACAGAGGGAGAGAUAUAUAUGUAUUGUGUGUAAAUAGUCUAUUUAAUCGUACAGAAGUGAGACCAAUGUUGCAUGUUGAAAUGCGGUAAGAAUUUUGCUUAUAAAUUGCCAAUAUUCUUUUUUUUUUUUUUGUAUCUUGUGUGACGAGAGAGAAAGUGAAAACUCGCAUCACAAUUUUAAAAUAUUUUUAUCUUGAUUAUUAAUGGAGAAACUGGAAGAUGCCUGAAGAUUCUAGAUUGACCUGGAGAUUUUUUUUCUUUGCUUAUAGGGCCUAAUUUCUUUUGUUGAGGUGACUAUAAAGAAGACAUUUUCUUUAUAUUCAGAAUUCUUUAUGUAUACAGGGUAUUUAUCUUUCCUUGGUCAGAUUAUCAGUACAGGUUGCCUUCUCGUGUAAACUGGACCCUCUCACUUGGUUUUGUAAGCCAAAUUGUGACUCCUAGCUAUCAGAAAUGUAUGUCUUAGCAGUGUGAGUGAAGGAAACCUUUAGGCCUACCUGACCUGUGUAACAUGGGUCACAAAACUGUUUACUUCUCAAUGAGCCCAGCUAUUCAAGCUGUCCUUUAAGGGGCAAGGGAUGGUGUUGAUUUAAUGAAUUUUGUGAAAUGGUAGUUUACCUGUGAAAAGGAAGGAGAUAGUGAAUUAAAGGCAUAGGAAGCUGUAGCUGUAGGUGGUUACCUCAGACUCUGUUGAACCUUUCAGUGAAAUAUUUUGUCCUCAAAGCUCUGUCAUUUCAUGCAAGCAUUAAAAAGGGCUCCAAGGGAUCUGGAAGCUGUAGUACUCCCAUACCUCUCUUCCAUGGCUCCAUUAUGCCACUGUCACCUCCGUGGAGGUGCUUUAUCUGUUCUCAAAAGCCUGUAGUGGAGGCUGAACAACUUCUGGAGGAAAUCUAGGGCUCUUUGGUUUUUUUGAUGUGUGUUUUGUUUUUUUUUUGUGUGACCAAUAUUUGCACAGAAGAUGCAGAUGGGCAGUUUAUUUCCUUCAUACCUUCAAGCCUGCUGCUUGAAUGCAGUUGUCCAGCCUCUUGUUUCUAGGUUAAACUCCUCCUAGAUUAUUAAGGAUCUCUGCUGAUGAGGAUUUCUUUUGCUGACCCAUUGUAUCCUGAAAUCUGGUGCUCAAAACUAGAAGUGGCCUUCCAGCAGAGAUCUUCUCAAAGUGACACAUAGAAGAAGGAUUUCUGUUUUGUACAUCCCAAUGUAGUGGUUUUGUUUUGGGUUGGGUUUUUUUUGGCAGCAAAUAAUUUUCAGAUUGGUCUAUGGCAACCACUUUUCUCUGAUUCUUACCCACUUCCUAGUUCAGUGUGUUUCAGAAUCAGUCCCAGAAUGGUUGAGGUUGGAGGGACCUCUGGAGAUCAUCCAGUCUUCCUCCAGCAGGGUCAGCCAGAGGAGGCUGCCCAGCCCUGUGCCCAGUUUCGAGCAUCUCCACAGGUGGGACCUCUAGAGCAUCUCUGGGCAACCUGUUCCAAAAAACCUCAAGCCCACAUUUGACUCCUAACACCAAGCACAUGCAAAAUAGUUACAGGCCCAUGGCAGACUCUUUUACAACCUCGUUAGAUAAUCCUUUAAUUAUGACAGUGCAAUUUUAAUAACUAUUUUGUGUACAGUGGGCAUUUUUUCCCCAAGAAAAUUAGGUAUGGCAACACUGUAUUCUUUCAUCAGGAUCAGACUUUUCUGGUUUCCUGACAACAGCUGCCUUUAUUAGAAAAGAACAGCUUUAUUUUUGUAUACAUGCACUGGGUAGAUCUUAGGACAUUGUCCUCAAAGCCAGAACCAGCUUCUUAAAACUGGGGCUCAGAAGGAAACCAUGGAUUAAUUUAUUCUGCCAUAUGUCAGUUGCUAAUCCUGCAAUAUCUGAAUUUGUGUAAUUCUUCUUCCAAGACUUGGCUGGUAUCAAAAAAAAGGACAUGUUUCAGUUUUAAAGCAUCAGUUCUCAGGUAUUUGCCAAGUCUUGUAGGGAACUGAGACACGGAGCUGUGGCUAACUAACAACUCUGUAAAUAUUUUAACAUUUUAUUUUUUGGCAAUAACACAUACAAGAUGAAAAAUGGACAAAUUUCUUCUUCACAGGAGACCUUUAAAUAUCUUCUUCUACUUUAUGGAUUAAGCUGGGUUUUUUAGCAAGACUCCACAUGAAGGGCUAUGGUGCUUGUACCCAGUGCUGGCAGCUGAUGGAGUGGGACCCACUCACCCCAGAAACUUUCAAGGGUAAUUUGUCCACUCAAGCUUCCAUCUGUUGAUAAGAUCCACUGCCUUGGUUGCUGCAGUGCUGAUGCUGGUGACUGUAGUCAGGAAAUUCUUUACUCAGAAGAUGGUGAGGCCCUGGCACAGCUUGCCCAGAGAAGCUGUGGAUGCCCCAUCCCUGGAAGUGUUCAGUGUCUGGUUGGAUGGGGCUCUGAGCAGCCUGCUCUGAUGGAAGUGUCCCUGCCCAUGGCAUGGGGUUGGAACUAGGUGAUCUUUAAGGUCCUUCCCAACCCAGUCCAGUGUGUGAUUCUGUGGUUCUGUAGGGUCUUCUCAAGUGCUGAAUUCUGCACCUGGCAGCCAGGGGGGACAUCCCUGUCCUGGGGGGAACCAUGCCCAGCACUGCCAGCUGGGCAAGGGCAGGGAUUGUCCCACUCUGCUCUGGGCUGGGGCGGCCUCACCUCCAGUCCUGGGGCAGUUCUGGGUGCCACAAUAUAAAAAGACAUGGAGCCAUUGGAGAGUGUCCAAAGGAGGCCACGAGGACGGUGAAGGGACUGGAGGGGAAGCCUGCUGACAAAUGGCUGAGGUCACUUGGUCUGUUCAGCCUGGAGGAGACUGAGGGGAGACCUCACUGUGCUCUUCAACACCCUCAUGAAAGAAGAGAAGGGGCAGGCACUGCUCUCUUCACUCUGACAGGACCCAAGGGAAUGGCAUGAAAUGAAUCACAGGAGGUUUAGGUGGGAUAUCAGGAAAAUGUUUUUCACCCAGAGGGUGGGCACUGAACAGGGUCCCAGGGCAGUGGUCACAGCACCAGGCCUGACAGAGUUCAAGAAGUGUUUGGACACUACUCUCAGGCACGUGGUGUGACUUCUGGGGUGUUCUGCCCAGGGCCAGGAGUUGGACUCGAUGAGCCUGAUGGGUCCCUUCCAACCCAGUAUAAAUUAUGAUUAAGAUCAGGAGGAAUCCUGCUGCUGCUGCUUUCCUUAUCAGGCUUUACUUCCCAACAUUUAUUUUACACUUAAUAAAACAUUAAUGCUUUGGAUGUGGUUGAUGGAGAAACUUGAUUUUGAUCUGCCUGUGUUCAUCCCUGUGCAUCACCAUCUUGCUCCCCCAACAUUUUUGAGUAAGAAGGAGAAUUGUGAUGAAUGUGGCGGUCAGAAACUUGCUGCUAUGAGAAGAUGGGGCUGGCCUUGCCUCUGAAGUCUGCUACUAAUGUUUGCUUCUUUUCCUGCUGGAAUGUACUGGAGAAUCUGAGCACAAUUCUGAUGUGGUGCUAACUUUAGGAAGCACACGAAUCCGGUGCUAACUUUAGGACUGAUCUGGUGCUAACUUUAGGGGACACACUGGUCUGGCUGAUUUUAACUGACUUAAGGAGACGUCUCCUUGCAUGGCUUUUGUCUAGCUACAGGUAUGUUCAUAUUGCCUAGACUGAGAAGGCUCCCUGUAAGGCUUCUUGGGUCCUCUUUAUGAAGGCAGAAUGAACUUGGAAGUAUUUUUAAAAAACACUAAACAUCCUUUUAAAAAGAAACAAAAGUCUUCCCCCUGGAAUGGCAGAAAUCUGUCUGAAUCCCACUCCAGUGUCAAGGCUGAUUUUUGGGGUUUGGUUAUUUUUUUUUUUUUGUCAUGGAAAAGUGAGCAAUAUAAUUAUUAAGUAAUGUAUUCAUGCUGAAGUCAAAAGAACUUCAGCAUUGUGAGACAAUACUUGUGAACUUUCUGUUCCUCAGGUUAUCUGAGAUGGUUUAAGGAUAUGAUAACCUGUGCUGAUGAAAGGGACUGAUGCUGAGUUGGCUUACUUAGUAAAGUCUCAGGAGACAGAGGACUUCUCUUCCUUGAUGGGUAGAGCAAGCAGAGAUUUAAGUCAGACAAGGUCAUAAUAUCCUGAUGUUCUGGUGACCAGAAGUUUAACUCUGAUUGCUCUGCUGCUGCUGUUCUCUCAAUUCUCUGAUGCUGUUCCUUGCAGGAGGAAAAGAACAGCUUGGACUUUGAGGAACACAAAGGGUGUUGUCCUUGUCCUCUUGUGGCACUGCUGCCAGCUCUUUUAAGGAUCAUCUAUUUUCAAAACAAGUGCUGCAUGCCAGGCUUGCAGCAGCCCAGAGGAGGAGCAGGCAUCUCUCUUGAGGCAGUAGCCAGUGACUAAAACAAAUAGGGGGGUCAUUGCUCCUGGAUGGUGGACCUGGGAGGGCCUGUGUGAUGAAAGACUUGCAAUAAAUUCUCUUAUUCAUCAUGCAAACAAAACUGGGAUCAGUCUGAAAUCUUCCUUAUUUUUGACUAAUUGAUAAAUUAAUUUCAAGAGGACUACAAAUAAGGUAAUCAAGCUAAGUAUAUUGGUAGUGUACUCAGUCCAUCAGGUUUCCAUGGCCCCUUUUGACUUCAGCAGUUGUUCUGUGAGGAAGAUGCUCACCAUGUUCACAAAAGCUUAGCAUUAAGAGCCUUUACAGUGGGGCAGAUAUGUCCCUGCAACUCAUUGCCUGAUGUGUCAUUUAUAACUGGAGACCUGUAGGGUUUUGUUUUCUCUCAAAGCUUUAGUGGUAUUUCAGUUUGUGACUAGAAGAGCUGUAAUUAGGUUUUUAAACUUUUUAAAGCUGUGAGAAUUGUCUAGGUAACCAUCUGUCUUGUAAUUGCAGUAAAGGUGUGCAUGCAACUUAAAAGCUGCAUUGCCUUAGAGUGGAUUCACUGAGGUCAGGUAUGGAGUUUUUGAUUUGUGACUGGAACACCUUCACUCUGUACUGGAAUCUUGUCUUGGAAUUCUACAGUAUUAGUGUAUCUGCCAAGGACCUCAAAUACAAAAAGUUCUUAUUGCAUCAUAGCUGAUGGAAAUAUUUCCUCAAUAAAACUACCAAGAGAGAAGGUGGGUGGGACUUCUGGGCUAUGGCCACACCUCUGCAGCGUAACAUUUUUAUACGGGAGACUACAAAAUCAUAUUAACAAGGCUCAGCAAUUAUUCUCUUCUUUAGGUUUCUCUUUCCCUUCUCUUUACUGCCCUAAAGCUAAUAAGCCCUUUCAUUUACAGGCAUUUUUGCACUCUAAAAUAUAAGUUCAAUGCCUUUGGAGAUCAGUGUGCUGUGCAAUGUUUUCUGUCUCCCUGCCAUGCCAACUGUUCUUAUGUGGUAACUGUAAUUGAAAACAUAGACUGGGUACUUUUCUUUUGUAAACCUCUGUCCUGGAGGUGUGCAAGACAACAAACACCUGUAAGACAGGUGUAUAAUCUCUGUGAGGGAGCUAGAUAUGCAUUGCAUGGCCUGAUUACAUGAAGAGCCAGUGUACCAACUGUUAGUGCUUUUGCUUUUACAGACUCAUCUGGAAACAGUUAUAUUGGAUAUUUUUUCUUGAAUGGACUUCAAUGUUUUCUAUUGUAAUCUUGUGAAUAUUUUAAUACACUUUUUUUUUCCCAUUA